CGGCGUUGGCCUUGCGAGCCAGCACGCUCCUUUUCGGAAAUGUACAGAUGGGGAGGCGGGAGGAAGAGACAAAGUGUAGCACAGCCUGGGAAGGUGCGAAGAUGAGCUGGGAACGGUUGCCCGCGCUUCUCCGAAUAGGUGGAUGGGAGGCACAGUAUGUGCAAGGUGCUGAUGAGGAUUACAUAUGCACAUCUUCAUUUGAGUUAUGCCAGCCAGUUGUUGUGCAACAGGCAUGAAGUUUUCUGUUUAGUAAUGAAAACUGAGCUCAACUGCUUGUGGGCAUUUUCUUGUCUUGUGAAGAAACUUGGAGCUCCUAAAUACAUCUGUUCCUCAAUAACAAGGUAGAAGAUGUUUUCUUCAGGUUCCAUUCACUUCAUCUCAGCUUCCACAGUGUCACAGGAAGUCGACAUCCAUCAUGCAAGAAGAUUCUGCAUUAGCAGUUGAACAUUUGAAGGAAACAGCACAUACAAUAGAUGAUUUGUUUUCCUCUGAGCAGAGAUCUGCUGUUUUGCAGCUACUUAAUUCAGGAUCCAGAGAAGAACUUUCUACUGUGAAACUACUGCGAGGAAGAAAGUCUGCUAACAUAGUGGAAUAUAGGAACAAGCAUGGACCAUUUCGAGAUUUACACACUUUACUAGAAGUGCCUCUAUUUCAACAUAAAACAGCUGUUAACGUGUGCAACUUUAUUCUUACAAAAGAUGAAACAAAAGAGAGAAAAACAAACAUUCCCGUGUGGGCAAUGAGAUGUAUCACGCCUCCAAUAAAGGCAGAAAGGCUAGAGAAUGCCAAUAGCAUUGUGUCUGUGGUUUUUGGCACCCACAAAAUAGCAUGGACUCAUAUCACUAGAAACAUGGUUGUUCACGAUUGGCGGCAACAAGCAUGCACAAAGUUUAUGAAAAAAACUUGCAUGCCGUCAGUGUACUUUGAACAGAUUUCCUCUAUAGUAUCCAACCUUCCUGAAGCAGAUUUUUAUGUUUUGGAAAAAUGUGGACUUCCUUGUCAGAAUCCCAGUUUGUUUCCAGUGGUAUUACAUUUUUGUAAAGUUGAAACUAUGUUCUAUGCAUUGUUAAAUAAAACAUUUGCACAGGAUCGCCAGCACAAAGUAGUAAGUAUGGCCCGAAGUGCUGUAGGGAAAUACUUCGGGCUUAUGAUUGGAGAAACACGAACUAGUGGAAUAGAACUUGUAAAACAGCUUCUUUCAGAAACGGUUAUACAAGACAAGCCCCGUGUGAGCUUUGUGAAUGGCCAAGCCAUUAACUAUAGACAUAUGUUGUCAGCAAAUAAACAUCGGCGAGAGGAGGAGCUAUGUGAUUCAUUGCUACAAGCAGUAGCUUUUACUGAGCUGCUAAUACAGAACACUGCUGCUUAAUUUUUAUUGUACUCAAAUUGGUUUGUGAAUGACUUUAAUAAAUUUCUAACCAAAUUUAGGAUUUACCCUGUAAGAGGUUUCAGUAGUUGUGUGGCAAUUUUUGGCUCAAAAAUACAGCAACAGUAGAAGCACACUUAAUACUGCCAAGAAAAAUGCUAGAGAAUCAUUCUUGAGAGUUGUGAGAUAGUACAAGUUCAAAAAUAAACCUGUUACCAUAAUCAUAGAUAUGCUACUGACCAUCUUGGUUAAAAUAAUGAGAUGGCUUUUUUACUCAGUACCCUCUCCUGAAGGGUGACUAGAUGUUUUACUAAUUAAUUUUGCUACUUCACUAAGCUGAAGGUUCUAAUGAUUUCAGUAUAAUUUUAAACAAAUGCAUUUAGUGUUACAAUGGAACACUUCAGUAGCAUUUAAUUACUACCAAAACUUGAAAACAAAUUUCCCGUAUCAGAGCUCUCAAAAUUUAUUUUCUAACAGUCAUGUCCGAUGUUGCUAUUCUAUUAAGACAACUGCUUCUAUUGGCAAAACCAAGAGUGGAGAUUUUCCCUGUCCCAACCAUAUCUUCAAAACUUGCUUUUGGUAGGAUGGGAAAACCCUCCAGGAUAGAUUUUCAGGUUGUAGGAGAGAGGGAGAAAAUCCGAUUGUGUCAGCAAACUUUCAUUAAAGCAACACUGGAUUUAACACUUUAAAUAAGUCUUUUACCCUCAUAUGCUAAUUUAAAGGCUGAGUCCAAAAUCACAGAACUAUUAUUAGACCUUGGGUCAUCUCUGGUACAUAGUGAUAAACAACUUGUUAAAUGUUUGGCGCCUAUAUGGUGUGAUAGAAAAUUACUGGCAGGGAGUGUUAAAUACACAGAUUAAAUACUAUACUUAGGCUGAGCAGAGCCAGCUUGUGUCAGGGCUCAGACUAGAUGGCCCAGGAGGCCCCUUCUGACUUGUUAUAUUAGUAUGUUACAAAUCGCUGCUUCCAAAAAAGCUUUCUUAGUCCUUUAUGUUGCUUCCAAGAAUGACACAUCUAUUUUUUUCUGUUUCCAUUGGACAACAGAUGCAGUGUUCUUCAGGAACUGCUAAGCACCUUAAUUUCCUGCAAAGGAAGUACAUUUUUUCUUUAUUGGAGGUGAAUGCUACUAAGACAGUAAAAAUUUACAUUUUGUCUGAUGAGUUUCUCAUACAAAACAGUUGCAAAGAGCUGGAAGUACCUGUUCUCAUACCUAAACGUCAUGCUGUAAAAAGCUGCAAAACUCUGGAGAGAUAUUUAUUAUUUCAUUGUAUAUUCAAAAACAAGCUCAAACAAACUCAGUGUAGUGGUAAAUAUAUAAUGUACAGUAUAAAAAUAAGAUGUGCAGGAUUACAGAUAAAUAUUACUACACAACACAGAACAACUGUUGGCAUAAAGUAACACAAAACUGACUAUUUAAAAAAUGACAGUGAUCAAAGGUCUUUCAACUCUGAAGACAAACCCACCAGUCUCUAUCCGUAAGCACACAUGCAACCCAAAAGCAGUUUAGUGAUAUCAUUUAACUAAUGUUUUGAUAAGUCCUGUAUUUAAAGGGAAAUUAGAACAGAUUUAAAUACUGUCCAGAAUACAUGAAAUUGCAGCUAAUGGAUAAAACAUUUUGCAACAGAGAAUCCACAUCCUAAAAGGUUAACAUCAGUCCAGUAGUUGUUGCAAUAGGCUUGUUGUACUUCAAAAUUCAGGUUAAAUUUUAAUUCAUCUGAUUCAGAUUUCAACUCCAACAAAGACCACAUUUGGUAUAUGGAAAGCACCUUGAUGGAAGAUAUAUACAGUCUGCAUUUUUAAAUACUUAAAAGAUUCAAAAUAUAAACAGUACUCUGUACAUAUAAAAAUAUACAUUUCUGUAUAUUCAAAGUCACUAUUUGCAGCCAUUUUAAGGAAAGUCACUUGCCAGACUGUUCAAAAUUUCUUUGGGAAGAUGUAUUCCUUCAAGGUAGUGGAGAAAUCUGUUUGAAAAUAAUUUAAAAAAGAGUUUAGAAUAUGCAGUAUAAGUAAUACAAAGAUAUCUACUUGAUUGCCCCUAGCCAGGAUAUUUAAUACAUUUUAUCUUAUAUAUUAUUCUGAAGCACAUAAAUAUUGUAAUCUUUAUACAUCUGGGAGUAAGUCCCACUGAUUUCAAUAGGAUGUACUUUUGAAAUGCUAUUAAGAAAAUGUUACCUUCGUUUUGUUUUUCCUUGUUGUUUCUGUUUUUCUGAUUUGCAGAUGCUGCGGAGUAUAGGCAGGUAUUCCAACGUGCUGGCUUGUGUGUUACUAAUGUUUAAAGAAGUUCUAUUGGAAAAUACAGUUUUGAUUAUUUCCAGCCUUUUUUGUGCAUUAUGCUGAACACUGUAAAAGAAAAGUACAUAUAAUUGCCGGUUAUGUUCAGCAUGAAAUAAAACUGAACACUUUUCAUUGUGUGUACCUAAACAACAUACACCCAAUGUUAAGCUCUGUUCAGCUAGCAUCUAUUUGAUUCCUGAAAACUUAGGAGGCCAAUUCUAGAAGUUGUGCUUUUAUAGAACCCAGGAUUUGUUCUCAUAUAAUUUCAUUAAAAUCAGACAUUCCUCAGUUUUACUCUGGGUUGGAUUCAGAUCUACCAGAAGCUUCUCUUGGAGGAAGAAGCAGGGAAGUGGUAUUCACCAAUUUCACUGCAGCCCCCUUUGAACAUCUCAGGUCCACCAAUCCUCCAACUGAUUGAAGGAGCACAAGAGGAUGAAAGUCUGCUUGCUGCUCUAACCAUGAAUGGGCUUCUCCACCUACAGGAACUCUGGGUUCAAACAGGUGCUUGAUAUGAGCUGGGAGGAAAGUAUUGGGAAAAGGAGUAGACAGUAGAGAGUUGUAAUAUGCUAGCAGAGCAACUGUGUGCUUUACUACUGAAAGUGCUUCUUUCCUCCCAUGUCACAAAUGAUUAUGUCAGACCCAUAUUUGAAAGAUCAGCCUGCCACUGUCAUUUCUAGUUUCAGCUAUACUUUGUAACAAUCUAUUAAACUAGACUUGGUAACACUUAGAACUGAGCUAAUGUUAAUGAGGGUAGCUAUGGGUGUAUGUUUCAAUAAUUAAACUUUGCAUUUAUUCACUGAUGAUUCUGAUCUUCAAAAUUUCAUGGUUGUUUGAAAAAUAAAUAUCCAUGGAAUCUU